GAGAUUGGUGCUCUGCGCGCUAGGCUGUGGACCUUCCUGCUCCAGUCAUUCUACUCUGUCUGCCACAUGCGGGGAUGGGAGACCCUACCCUCCAAGUACAGAGAGAGGAUACUGGCAGCUGCUUUUGAUAAAAGAAACAGUAGAAGACUUGGGGGAAAGCCUGUAUUCACCAGCUCAAAGCCGAGGGGUGUAAGAUGCCCUUGAGUUCCUGCAGCUCCUUGUGAAAGACCUCUUGUCCACAAGACCAUUUGGGUCAUCAGGAACACAGGGAAAGGAAGUUUCACUGCAGUUACAUCAUCAGCCACCAUGAAGUCAGACGGGCUGGGGACGCCAGGCCUCCCAUCCACCGCAGGGAGAGGGACUGGUGCUACCAAGCCUGGAGACACUGGCCCAUUCAGGGCAAAGAACGUCAAGCCCAAGCAGCCAGGCGACCACCAGAGCACCACGGCUAAAGCCAAGACUACAACCUCCGCAUCAGCCAAACCAGUGCUCAACGGUACGGCUGGCCCAGGGGGGGCUAGGAGGGAGGUAGCCACCGCUAACGGACCUAGGGGGUCCCCAACAGGUGGGAAGGGGACUAAGGACCAGGACAGGAAGCCUAGCCCUAACCCUGGAGCCAGGCCCAAGACCUCUCCCCCAGGCACCACCUCCACAGCUCAGGCCAGGCCAGGGAAGCUGCAGAAGAAUACAGUGGGGAAGGGUGACUCUCUUCAGGGGGCAGACAGCAGCACGGCCCACCCCGCAACUGCCACCCCCUCCACAUCAGGCAGUGCCUCUCCUGACAACAGUUCCGGAAGCCCACGCAACUGCCCCGCCAUGACAGAUCUUAAGACAAAAACACAGGCUAAAGUUCUGACCAAAUCUCCACUGACCAAACCACCCCAGAAAACAGACACCACAAAGACCAACAGCCCUACCAAUAAGCCUAGCACCAGAGAGGCCAAUAAAGCCAAACUCCCCGCUACAGGAAGAACAACAACUGUAGGAACAGGAGCCAGAGCAGACACAAAGGGGCUGAGCACACCAACAGGCUCAUCUGAGAACCAGGUCUCUAGACCUGGGUCAUCCGUGAGUGCCAGAAAGCCUGCAUCUCCCAGGAAAGAGGAGGAUAAGGAUGGUUCAGCAGACAAAGCAGCCAGGAAGACAACAAAAACCACCCCAGCUACCGCAGCCACUGCCAAAACUACUUCUAAACCAGUAAAAGCCAUCACCAGCUCCUCUCCUUCCAAACAGCCUCCACUAGCAACGGCCAAACCUGGGCCAAAGCAGAAUGCUACCUCUGAAUCUCCUACAGAGAAAGCCUCACCCAAGUCAGCGGGGCCAGUUAAAAACGUAUCCUCUGUCAUUUCAUCCAAAAAGCCUGCAGCUAAAGAGAAAGAGGGAUCUAAUGGUAAAACCUCUACAGAGACCCAGCAGGCUAAUGACACUGGUUCCAGAGCAGAGAGGGUCUCCUCACAUUCAGAUCCCAGAGUGAAGGCCUCAGAGCCAGUAGCAACAUCCACAGAGCAGAGUCCAGCUCAUAACAUCCCACUACCACCAUGCCCCCAGGGCCACAGUGGAGGAGGGGACUCCCUCUCCUUACCCCUGAAUGCCAGUCCUCAGAAAUCUGCCAAACAACCAGGUAAACCUAACUGCACAAAAGGAGUCAGGGCUCUGUCCAAUCAGCCACCAGCAAUCAACCACAUAUUUAAUGGGAAUAACCUCGUAAGCGGAGAGCCUGCUAAGCACACAGAGGGGACACACACAUGUAAACACACUCCUGGCUCAGCCACAGACCUUCCACUGGACACCCCAACUCCAGGCAGCCCUCUGGAGGACUCGUGGAGCAGCCUGCACCACCAGGUCAGCCCUGAGUCAGAAUCCGGCAGUGCCACCACCUCAUCAGACGACAUCAAGCCUCGCUCCGAGGACUACGACGCCGGGGGCUCCCAGGACGAUGUGGAUGACUGCUGCUCCAACGAGCGCGGCGAAUCCAAGGGGGGCGGAACCAUGCGUUGCCAUGACUUCCUGGGUCGCAGUAGUAGUGACACGAGUACGCCUGAGGAGCUGAAGAUGCUGGAUGGUGGACUGCGGGUCGAGGUGAGGCUGAAGGGGUGCGAGGUAGAGACCACCAGCGAGGAGGAAGGGGUGAAGCAACGGCCCCGCUCCUGGCUGAGCAGGGACCGUGACGAGGUCCCUGUUGAGGAGGAGCUGCAGGCCAAUAUUACGGUGAAGCAGGUCCCCGACAGCCAGCUCUUCUCCUCUGAGGAGUCCGAGGAGUCUGAGGAAGAGGAUGAGAGGUCAGAGGUGGAGGUUCUUCCUGUUCACCAGGCCCCUCUGCCUCCUGCCGAUCCCUCUUCUCAAUUCCAGGGCAUUGUGAACAUGGCCUUCGAGGAUGGAGCUGACCCUGGUCAAGUCAACGAACAGCAGCAGCAACUGGACUACCAAUCAGCAUCUAACUUCCGCCGCUCUGUUCUGAUCUCUGUUGACGAGUGUGAGGAGCUGGGAUCAGAGGAGUGCGGGGUGCAGACUCCGCCCCAGCAACAGCCUGAUGACCCCCUCACGCCCUGCGACGUCUUCGGGAGCAACCCUUCUCCGGCCCCUCAGUCAGUCCCCAAUUUUGUCUCUCACUCUGGGGGGCACCUGGCAUUGGACUUUCCCAAAAGCACACCUCAGCAGCAGCAGGAACAAGGCAACGAGCACGAGUCCAACAACAACAAACCCAACAAACCCAUUGUUUUCCUCACUGAGAUCCAAGAUCCUCUGGUAGAUGACCAUAACCCCACCAAAGUGGAGGGAGUAGAGCCCAGCCCUGGUUGCCCUUCUCUGGACCAUGACCCCACUGACCUGCCUCCCCAAGAGCGAGAGAGACCCUGCCACCUAGACCUCCGGCCUGCUGAACAGUACAGCAAUGGCGGAUCACCACGCAAGAACCCCUCAACCAAGCCUAGCCAAGCAUCUGUACCUGUGCAUGUAGACAGCAAGAGAUCAGACUUACAUACAGACUUAAAUUACCCUCAGCAGAAAGGGGGCUCUCCUGUACAUGCAGCUAUCCCAUCUAGGAACCCACCUAAUUUAAACCCUACCCUGUCCGUCUCCCGGGACUGCCUGGACACCCAGCAAACCUUCCUGCUCCACGAGAAGGAGACAUUUAAACGCUGGGCAGAGCUCAUAUCACCACGGGAGGACUCCACAACCAGCAUCACUGUGACCAGCUUCUCGCCUGAGUAUGCUGCCUCUCCGCAGGGUAGUGGACCAUCGGGGAGCUAG